AUGGGUGGCGACAGUUCCAAUAGUUUGCCUAGGGAAUCCCCUUGCUUAAGCUAUUGGCAACGAACAACUCGAGCCUUCCCGCAUUUAUUCGCAAAUCAGAAUAACCCAGUUCCUGCUCGAAUCAAAUCUGUGGUCCUCGGUUCUGGACUCUCAGGUAGUCUCACGACUUUUGAACUCCUAGAAGCCGGGGUGAAAGGCGAAGAUGUGAUUAUUCUCGAGGCACGAGAAGCCGCCAGCGGAGCAAGUUCGCGCAAUGCUGGCCACGUUCGUCCAGAUGCAUUUCGUGGGUACAGUGCCUACGCGAAAGUUCAUGGCCCGGAGCAGGCAUUGAAAAUUAUCGCCAACGAGCGACUUGUCUUAGAGAAGGUGGAUGAAUUCGUGAAAAAGCACGACGUGCAAUGCGAUUUCAACCUGACCUCCACCUUCGAUGUGUGUAUGACAGAGGAGUUUGCCAAGUAUGAGGCUGAAAGCUUGAAGGCUUACGAACUUGCCGGCGGUGAUAUUUCUCACAUCAAAUUCUACGAGGGCGAGGAAGCGAAAGAGAAAACCGGGAUCCCAGAUGCAGUUGCAGCAUACGAGUGGCCUGCUGGAUCCAGCCAUCCAGCUAAAUUGACGCAAUUUCUUCUUCAAUCAGUGAUGGAGCGCGGCGUUCAAUUAUUUACUUUUUGUCCUGCGACUGCAAUUACCACAAAUCAGUCUUCGCUACAUUUGUGGGAUGUGCAUACUCCUCGGGGUAUCAUGACAGCAGAGAAGAUUAUACACUGUACCAAUGCGCAGGCUGCACUCUUACUUCCGCAGCUCGAGUCAUGUGUGACACCCAAUCGUGCACAAGCACACUCUUUGGUUCCAAGUCCCGCGUUCGCAGCUACAAAUGCCCUCCAGAGCACCUACUCGCUGCGGUACAGUCUUUAUCACUUCUACUCGUUGAUUCAACGACAAGGAGACGGAACGAUUAUCUUGGGUGUUUCACGAUCAAAUCCUACCUUGAGCUCGGAGACUCUGGAAGGCCGUUUCAGUACCGAUGACAGUCAUUAUAACCAGGAAAUUGCCGAUGAUGCACUACGGAGCUUUCAUCAAAUAUUCCCUACAUUUUCAUCGUCGGAUGCCCACGGAGAAGGUCUAGAUCAUUCAUGGACUGGAAUCAUUGCUAUGACACCUGACUGGGUACCACUUGUAGGAGGUAUUGAAACCCUGCCUGGACAGUAUAUCUGCGCUGGGUUUAAUGGCCAUGGAAUGGCGCGUAUUUUCACCUGUGCUCCAGGGGUCGCCAAGCUCGUGAUGGGACAUGACUGGUCCACUACAGGGUUACCUGAAUGCUUUCAGUUUACGCCAAUGAGAAUUUCUCAACUAUCAGAGGGCAAUUUACCUUUCAUAUGGUAG